UACUGCGGCAAAAGGGGCGGAGAUCUAGUGACGUCACCAAUCCUGCUCACUGGGAGAAGCCAGCAGAAGCGCGGCCACAUUUUCCACGAAAUCGACUUAGUAUAACACAUCGGAACGUCUACGACGAGACAUCAUGCGCGAGUGUAUCUCCAUCCACGUUGGUCAGGCCGGUGUCCAGAUCGGCAAUGCCUGCUGGGAGCUGUACUGCCUGGAGCACGGGAUCCAGCCAGAUGGACAGAUGCCCAGUGACAAGACAAUCGGGGGAGGAGAUGAUUCCUUUAACACCUUUUUCAGCGAGACUGGAGCUGGGAAACAUGUCCCCAGGGCCGUUUUCGUGGACCUGGAGCCCACAGUCAUUGAUGAGGUGCGCACCGGGACGUACCGCCAACUGUUCCACCCUGAGCAGCUGAUUACCGGCAAGGAGGACGCUGCGAACAAUUACGCCCGUGGCCACUACACCAUUGGCAAAGAGAUCAUUGACCUGGUGCUGGACAGGAUCCGCAAGCUGGCCGACCAGUGCACCGGUCUCCAGGGCUUCCUGGUGUUCCACAGCUUCGGCGGUGGCACUGGCUCCGGAUUCACCUCCCUCCUAAUGGAGCGUCUGUCUGUAGACUACGGCAAAAAGUCCAAACUGGAGUUCUCCAUCUACCCGGCUCCCCAGGUGUCCACCGCUGUUGUGGAGCCCUACAACUCCAUCCUGACCACCCACACCACCCUGGAGCACUCCGACUGCGCCUUUAUGGUAGAUAAUGAGGCCAUUUACGAUAUUUGUCGAAGGAACCUCGACAUCGAGCGGCCUACUUACACCAAUCUGAACAGGCUGAUCAGUCAGAUCGUCUCCUCCAUCACAGCCUCCCUCCGUUUUGACGGCGCCCUCAAUGUUGAUCUGACAGAAUUCCAGACCAACUUGGUCCCGUAUCCUCGCAUCCACUUUCCCCUGGCUACGUACGCCCCGGUCAUUUCGGCCGAGAAGGCGUAUCACGAGCAGCUGUCGGUGGCGGAAAUCACCAACGCCUGCUUCGAGCCCGCCAAUCAGAUGGUGAAGUGCGACCCUCGUCACGGCAAGUACAUGGCGUGCUGCCUUUUGUACCGCGGCGACGUUGUUCCCAAAGACGUCAACGCUGCCAUUGCCACCAUCAAAACAAAGCGCUCCAUCCAGUUUGUGGAUUGGUGCCCCACCGGUUUCAAGGUGGGCAUCAACUACCAGCCACCCACCGUGGUCCCCGGCGGAGACCUGGCCAAGGUCCAGAGGGCGGUCUGCAUGUUGAGCAACACCACUGCCGUCGCCGAGGCCUGGGCUCGACUUGACCACAAGUUUGACCUGAUGUACGCCAAGCGCGCCUUCGUUCACUGGUAUGUCGGCGAGGGCAUGGAGGAGGGCGAGUUCUCGGAGGCCAGAGAAGACAUGGCCGCUCUGGAGAAGGAUUAUGAAGAGGUUGGAGUCGACUCCAUUGAGGGCGAGGAUGAGGAGGGAGAGGAGUACUAAGAAAUCCCCAAAGUAUUGAAAGUUAAACCGUUACAUGUGCUUGUAGCAUUUCAGGUCAAAAGAAUUUCAAAAUAAAACCUGUUCUAUGUUUCUGGA